AUGCGUGCCGAUGUUAUGCAGGCUAUGAGAAUUAAACCGGAUUUAUGGCCUGUGGAGUCUGAUUUGAGUGAGAUAUUGUCAUUUUGGUUUGAUAUUGGGCUUCUAGAUAUGAAAAUGAUUUCAUGGGAUUCUCCUGCCUCUUUGCUUGAAAAAUUGAUAGUAUAUGAGGCGGUGCAUAAAAUCAGUUCAUGGCUUGAUUUGCGAAAUAGAUUAGACUCAGAUCGAAGAUGUUUUGCCUUCUUUCAUAAUAAAAUGCCUUAUGAUCCUUUGAUUUUCGUAGAAGUUGCUUUGACAGAUAAAGUAUCUUCUAGCAUUCAUGAUUUGUUGGAUGAAACAUUACCAAUUACUACAUAUGAUGAUAUCAAUACAGCGGUAUUUUAUUCUAUAUCCAACACUCAGAGGGGAAUGGUCGGAAUCAGUUUAGGUAAUUUUUUGAUCAAGCAGGUUGUGAGUGAAUUAAAAAGAGAAUUUCCUAGCAUCGAGACUUUUGUAACAUUAUCACCUAUUCCUGGGUUUAUAAAAUGGCUUAUGAAUCAUGAUAAGCAACGAUACUAUAGUGAUUUUUAUGAGUUAACCUCUUCUUUACCUGAGUAUGAUGAGUCGUUAUUAUCUGUAGUGUUAUUAUAUCUUUCUACUACUCAGAAUGAUAAGGUUGUAGAUCCUGUAGCGCAUUUUCAUUUGUCUAAUGGCGCUAGUAUUUUAUCAGUAAAUUGGGAAGCCGAUAAGUCGUCUAAAGGGUUGAAGAAUUCAGCAGGGAUUAUGGUAAACUAUAAAUAUGAAUUGAGCAAAAUUGAUGA